UUCCCAUUACUUCCUUAAUGUGGUGCACGAGGGUGGGGAGGACAGGAGGGACAGUGACCUCCUUUGCUCCUCCCCCCUCUGCAGCCUCUUACGAGUGCUGCCUUUGCGCAUGUGCUUUGGUGCGCAACUCCCCAAAAACGACUCAGAGGGGCGGGAGUUGGGGGGUGUUUAGCUGGGUUGGGGUGGCGAAGUGAGACAAGCGGACAGGAAGACAGAUCGUGAAGAAAAAGGUGACAAGCCUCUACUGUGAUCUGCAUUCACACCCCGGAAAGAUUUCAAGCUUGUUCCAAGAUGCAGAGAGCACAUCCACGAUCGUCCUGCUGGUGGCUGGCAUCUUUGCUGCUGCGAGUCAUCUGCACCUCAUCCUCCUCCCCUUCUUCUUCUUCUUCAUUCUCCUCGCCCUCCUUCCCGAUGUACCAGAGACGGGGAGUCGGCGGGUCUCGGGCGGGCUCCCUGGGAACACCGCUGGUUCUGCUGGACGUCAACACACGCAGUCCCACCCGAGUGCUCAGCGAGAACUUCCUCUCGCUGCAGCUGGAUCCGUCUAUCAUCAGUGACGGCUGGCUGGUCUUCCUCAGCUCCAAGCGUCUGGUGACUUUGGCGAGAGGCCUCUCUCCAGCCUUCCUCCGCUUUGGCGGUAAAAGGACCGACUUUCUGCAGUUCAACAACCAGAAGAACCUGGCUAAAUACAGAGGACCCGGGCCCGACUACUACCUGAAGAACUACGACGACGAUAUAGUGCGAAGUGACAUUGCGAUGGACAAGCAGAACGGUUGCAAAGUGGCAAGCCACCCCGAUAUGAUGCUGCAGCUUCAACGAGAGAAGGCGGCCAGCACACAUCUCGUCCUGCUCAAGGAGCAACUGUCCAACAUCUACAGCAAUGUAACAAUAACAGCCAGAUCUUUAGACAAAUUAUACAACUUUGCCGACUGUGCUGGUCUGCACCUCAUCCUGGGCCUCAACGCACUGCACAGAAACCCUGACAACUCCUGGAACACCUCAUCCACGCUCACCCUCCUCAAGUACAGCGCUGGCAAGAAAUACAACAUCUCCUGGGAGUUGGGCAACGAACCCAAUGCCUACCGCAGCAUGGUGGGCCGUGCCAUCAACAGUACCCAGCUGGCUCAGGACUACACCCAGCUGCGGACCCUGCUGCAAUCUGUGCGCUACUAUAACCGAGCUCACCUUUAUGGCCCUAAUGCCGGAAGACCCCGGAGGAAUGCCAUUCUACUUCUGGACGGAUUCAUGAAAGAUGCCGGCUCUGUUAUUGAUGCAGUUACGUGGCAACAUUAUUUCCAGGAUGGCGGAGUGAAAAAAGUGGAGGAUUUCUUAAAAACACGUUUAUUAGAUGCGCUGAGAGAACAGAUGACGAAAGUUGCCAAGGUGGUGAGCACGCAUGCACCUGGUAAGAAGGUGUGGCUCGGUGGACUGGGCCCAGCUUGGUCAGGAGGCAUCAAUAAUCUCUCGGAUACAUUUGCUGCCGCUUUCCUGUGGGCGAACACGCUGGGCAUGGCUGCUGUUCAGGGAAUUGAUGUAGUCUUGCGUCACUCAUUCUUUGAUUACGGAUACACGCAUCUUGUGGACCAGCAUUUUAACCCUUUACCAGAUUACUGGUUCUCCCUGGUCUUCAAACGUCUAGUGGGGCCGAGGGUCUUAGCCGUGCAGGUCGCUACAGUGCAAAGGAAGCCGCGAACAGGACGAGUCAUACGGGGCAAGCUGCGCAUCUACGCCCACUGCACCAGUUACUCCAACCACAACUACAUGAGGGGCUCCAUCACCAUCUACAUCAUCAACUUACAUCGCUCGCGGAAGAAAAUCAAGCUGGCAGUUACGCUACGGAACAAUACUGUGCAUCAGUACCUGUUGCAGCCCUACGGCAACGACGGACUUAGAGCCAAACACGUACAGCUGAACGGCGAGAGACUGUCAAUGCUGGACAACGAGACAUUCCCGGAACUGAAGCCCAAGACGUUGCGGGCAGGACGGACGAUAGCCAUGCCUCCCAUGACCAUUGGCUUCUACGUCCUCAAAAACAUUAACGCAUACGCCUGCCGAAGAUAACAUGGGUUGACCCAUUGUUUCUAAUUCUCACUCAAAGCUCUGAACUUAACUUUCUUUCAUUGUGGACUUUUCAACCAAGAUGUGACCUCCUUCCUCAAGGGCACAUCAGAAGUUGGGAAAUAUUGCAAGAGUGACUAACUUUUUUGAAACAGACUUCUUGGGUGGUGAUUAAUGUGAAUAGCUACCGGUUUGCAGGGCCGCCUUUACGUCUGGGGCCCCCCCCCCCCCCCCCGGGCUAACCGUCGAUUUUAGCGCCACUUCCAAACUUUAAUCAAGAGGCUCAACUCAUUUUUUCAACAUUGACAAACAAAGCAGCACGCAUGUGUCUGCUUUUCAUCAAUUUUAUAAAUAAUAAUAAAUAAGGCAGCCUACAAAUCAAAAGGUUCAUGCACUAUAGUGUUAAAAAACGUUUUUUUUUUCAAUCACUUGCGACCUGAUUAGUCCACUGAUCUUCAAAAUGCCCUUGCGGGCCACCUGAUGCCCGUGGACCCCUAUUGGUUCUCGACCGAGAUGAGAGCCGCACUGAGCCUUUUCCAUUUCCUUCCACAGUAACUUUCCAGUCACCACAAAAUUUGUUUCGCUUUAAAAUUUGUUUCCAUAACCACCGGACCAUGGAUCGUAUCAUACAGUCAGAACAUUGAUUACAAAACAAACAAACAAGAAAGUUCCCAGAUGACUGUAUUUCCUCAAGUAAUAUCCAUGCCUUUAACAGGCACGGUAAUUAUUCGCUAGAUGUGUUAAUCACUUGACGUGUUUGACAUCUCUGUUCUCAUCCAGGUGGCUAAAAUGCUCCCAUGCUUCUGGCCUACAUAAAUGAGCUCGGAGGAUCCGUCGUUUGGGUUCGUUUUUUUCUCUCCAGUCUGUUUCAUUUCGCUGAACAGAAGUAGCAUAAGCCGUAGCCACAAUUUUGCUCACUGGGUCACUGGGCUCAUCUGUCUGGAUCUGGAUUUGCGGCACAAAAUCUGGAAGUUGGAAAGAGCCUGCUGCGGUUCUGCCAUUUCAAAGGAAAGGGAAGUUUACGAUUUUCAGUUUCAAUCCUGUACUGUGCCAGCCUGACCACACUUGUGACAUACUGUACAUUGUUAUACACCGCUAAUUUUAUUGAACAGUUUUCCCCAAAUUCCUGGCUUCAGUGGCCACAGGCCCAUCAUCUCCAGAUGGGAACAUCAAGCAAUUUCUAUGGUGAGUUUGAAUCUAGUUAACACAUUCGGAUAUCAUUGUGACAAUGGACUGAAAUAAUUUUGUUAUUGUGCACUUUAUUCACGAGUGGGAGUUGAGGGCAACAUAAAUACAGACAACCGUUGGUCCAUUGAGUUAUGGUUCUGCCUGUAACUGGUCCUGGUCCAUGUUUUUGGGUACCGCCGCCUUACAGGUUGUUUCAUAUUGACCGAAAUUCAAUACCUGGAAUAUAGAAUUCAUCUGUGACUCGAUUAAGCUCGGUUUCCCUUGCCCAGGCCGUCAAAGAGAAAAACUUUUGGGGUAUGUCUGCCAAGUGAAUUUUACCGUCUCAGUCACAAGAAUGACAGCAAAUUCAAAACAGGUGAUAUUUGUUGACACAGAGGAAGUAGCAUGUGUGCAUUAUGUGUGUCUUUCCCGAUGAAGCUACUGAUGUGUUUGUGUGUGUGUGCGUGCGUGCGCGUGUGUGUGUGUGCUACACUGUGCAAAAGGAUAUGUUUUUUCAUAAUCUGUUUUGUUUUUAUUGUGUCACUGUUGCUUAGCUGCAAAUGGGAGAGCAGAGUAGUGGAAUGCCCAAAGUUGAAAUUCAACCAAAUUUUCUUUCUUCAAAGGGUGGGCAAAUCAUUUUAGUCUUAAAUGUGAUCUUUAAAAAAAA